AUGCCGGCACCCGGAACUCCUCAGCGGCAACAGCCACACGCGCAGAUGCCUUCCCCGCCCACUACCAAGCGAGCAACCAAGAUCGUCACCCUCAAACUCGGAUCUACCAAUGGAGUCACCAAGUACCGGGAGAUGUUCGAGACGCUUCAGUGUCGCCGAAUCACCAAGAAGGCGCCCAAGGCUCCAAAGACCAUUGCAGAGGUUGCAAAGUUCCAUCCCACUGCUUCGAUCAAGGCAUGCACCGUUGCCAUUCAUCCCUUUUGGCGAGGGCCCCGCCUCGACGGACUCUACCACGAGUGGUUGGAUGAUCUCUACGAUCACGACAUGCCUCCCAUCAUCCGCCGCAUCAACAAGUUCCGUGGCUUUCCCCAGAAAGAUGAUCCUGAGUUCAAUCCGGAUACCUACCAAAUGUACAAGGAUCUCCACGCAACUAAGAAGUUCGACGACGAAUUCGGAGAGUACCUGCCGUACUUGUCUAAGUACUUUGAAUCCGUCGGCAAUGACUUUGCUCAGCAUUCCAUGAAGCUCGAUCAGUAUUACCAGCAUGUGGUUAAGUCGGAGGAGGGUUGCAAGGACUUUUUCGAUGGCUCAGCCGAUGAGUGGAUCACUGGCGGCCUGGCUCACGACGUUCAUCUUCUCUCCGUUCCCCCGUCCGCGUCUGUCGUUGAUGGAUGGCCAGCAGAGCAAGCUAGCAUUCCAUUUGACGACUACAAGGCUUCCUUGGAAGGUCGCUUUCAAGACCCGAGGAUGUUCGACGCUGUGCGCAAGGAGGCAUACUCCAGAAUCAUCUGCCAGGAAGUUUGGGUUGUUGACAAUCCCGUAAGCGUUUAUUACGAGGAGGCACCCACAGUCUUCGCCUCUGGCCUCUUCGUGUCUCAGCACCCCGACGGUAUCAAUGGUCAAUCACCUGGCCUCAUCUUCUACCACCGACCCUCUGUCAUCGAUCCUGAGGAGAAUCUGCUGACCGAAGAUGGCAUCAAAGUGGAAAGUCCGGCCACUCCGCCCAUGAGUAGCAUCCCUCGCUAUGUCAGCCCUGCUGGUGAACUCAUGUGUCCCCAGAACAUCCCUGACUCCGACGAUGUCGCUCAGAUCCGCGCUCGUACCGAUAUUGAUGCUCUGGCAGCAGCGAUCGGCUACAGUCUUACUUCACCCCCGCUGGGACCUGAACUGGAUCAUCUUCUCAACAUCCACGACAAGGAGGAGCCCCGUCUCACUGGGUACCCGGAGCUCCACACUGCCACCCGCCACCAGCAUCAUGACGACUCCGACUCCGACGACUAUGGUCCUUGGGCCUCCAAGGAGCCCGUUCGCGCCCUCCACUCGAGCUUGGGCUACGGAAGCCGCAAGCGAAAGCGAGACAGCAACCACUCCGGCCGACAGAGAGCCAGCACCAAGCGACGCAGAAGGGGUAGGGGCAAGGGCAACAGCAGAUGCAAGACGAGCAGAGAUGAUGACUCGGAUGGCGACUAUGCUCCACCCGUUGAAGAUGACCUCGACUUGGACGUGCAGAAGGAGGAGAAGAAGCUCGAGGCCCUCCCCAGCAAGCUUCGCACCGGUACCGUGAGAAAGUCCGGCCAGAAGCAGACCCAGCGCGACUUUGCAAAGGAUCCAGGCACCGUUGGCUCUGCCUAG